CUAUCCUUGUUUAUAUGCUCUCGGGCCAUAACUCACACACGCGAAGGUCGUCUUUACGACACACGUUGCAGUUUGAAGCUUCAACGCUCCUUCACACGCCUUUCUCGAUCAACCGGCAUCUUCCUUGUUGCUCGGAGAUUCGAAAGGUUUCAUUUUUCAGCUUCAGGUUGAUCAUCUGAGCUGAGGGCUGACUAAGCGGGUUUUUUUAAAUCUCUCUCGCUUCCUCUCCACCCAGGGGAAAUGGAGAAAAGAGACGAGGAUCUGAAGAAGGCUCAGAUGCUGGACGCUCGAGCCAGAAACAUCAGCCACAACGUUCGCUGCACUGAGUGUGGGAGUCAGUCCAUUGAAGACUCACAGGCAGAUGUAGCUAUUCUCCUUAGACAGCUGAUCCGUGAUGAGAUAGGAGCUGGAAAAACCGACAAAGAGAUCUACAGUAAGCUGGAGGAUGAGUUUGGAGAGACGGUGCUUUAUGCUCCCAAAUUCGAUAUGCAGACAGCAGCAUUGUGGCUAACUCCGGUUCUGAUAGCUGGAGGUACUGCUGCAGGGCUGGUUUACAGUAAGCACAGGCAAAGGACGAACGUGCACAUCAUGGCGUUGGAUCUUAUUAGAGGUGUUUCGUUGACUCCAAAAGAGAGAGUCACCAUCCUCGAUCUUCUUAUUCCGCCUCCCCCUCCUCCUCAGGGAGUGGCUUCCCGGUUGAGGAGAUGGCUAAACCUCCGUUAGGUCCUCAGCUCUGAUGUUCUCGAGUCGGAUACUAUUGUCUUCGCCAAAUAAAACACUAUGUGGAAGGAGUGAGUACCACAUCUAUUAUUGUCUAGGAGAACCAGAUAGGAAUGAUAAGACUUGGAUAUUGAACUAAAGUCCAUCUUGUAGUCCCAAUUUCUAAGUUUUUGUAUGUACGCAGAUCGCAAAAUAUUCCCUGUAUUUGUAUUUCUUGCUUCAGAGGUUAUGAAUAAAACAAACCUUCACUCUCUC